GCCGGAAGUCGCCAGCUCUCCAUUUAAAAUGAAUGGGAGCAUGUCGCUUUGUCGCUGGCAGUGUGAACGGGGCUUUAAGAGCGCGGGUAAAGCAGGGAAGAAGCGCAGGAGGUCCAGGAAGGAGAGCGACGUUAUCUACGUGUACAAAGUGCUGAAGCAGGUUCAUCCUGACUCCGGGAUCUCUUCUAAGGUGAUGGGCAUCAUGAACUCUUUCAUCAACGACAUCUUCGAGCGCAUCGCCGGUGAGUCGUCUCGUCUCGCUCACUACAACAAGCGCUCCAGCAUCAGCUCGAGAGAGAUCCAGACCGCCAUGCGUCUGCUGCUGCCCGGAGAGCUGGCCAAACACCCGUGUCUGAGGCACCAAGUACACCGGCUCCAAGGAGACCGACUCCAAGUAGACCAGCUCAAAGGAGACCAACUACAAGUACACCGGCACCAAGUACACCGGCUCCAAGGAGACCGACUCCAAGUAGACCAGCUCAAAGGAGACCAACUACAAGUACACCGGCACCAAGUACACCGGCUCCAAGGAGACCGACUCCAAGUAGACCAGCUCAAAGGAGACCAACUACAAGUACACCGGCACCAAGUACACCGGCUCCAAGGAGACCGACUCCAAGUAGACCAGCUCAAAGGAGACCAACUACAAGUACACCGGCACCAAGGAGACCGACUCCAAGGAGACCAACUACAAGUACACCGGCUAAAAGGAGACCGGCUCCAAGUACACCGGCUACAAGGAGACCAGCUACAAGGAGACCAGCUACAAGGAGACCGGCUCCAAGUAGACCGGCUCCAAGUACACCGGCUACAAGGAGACCGGCUACAAGGAGACCGGCUACAAGGAGACCGGCUACAAGGAGACCGGCUCCAAGUAGACCGGCUCCAAGUAGAGCUCUGCUCCGACACCAGAAGGCUCUUUUAA